ACACUUGAUUCCACGAAAAGCGCGUUCGGGCUGACUUGACGCGUGCCAUUCCUACGAACCGUGUUGAUUGUGUUUGGCAUGCGAGUGAGUAAAGUUGCAGUGCUGAACGUUUGGCUUAGCUGGCUGUUCGCUUCGUUGCUGAUGCUGUACCAAUAACAUCGAACGAAUGAGCGAACGGCCAUGGAAAAAGUGCUGUAAGUGCGUGAUUCCCGGGGCACAGUGAAUUUUAGCAUGAAAAAUGUACAGUGAAAACGGUGGCGAUCGAGCUAAUCAGGACAAAGGGACAACUGGGUGAAUGGCGCGGAUUUACUUGCAGUGAUGUGUAGUGGCAAAGUGGUUGGUACGUGAAGUCAUCGGCAAAGGCUGGAUAUCUUUCUGUUUUGCUUGCUCCAAUUCGCCCAGCAUCAUCGUUACAGCAGCACCAACAGCCAGUAUAGUAGGCCACGAAUUGGAUGGCUGGAGAACUGUCAAAACAGUGCUAAUGCAAAACGCUGCUAGACAAACGACCGAAAAUUACGAUUCUUCUGCUGUGCUUAUUGUUCCGUCUUAGGGCUGUGUGGGCAUUCGUUGCAGUAGAGGUCAUAAUACUAGCGAACCAUGGAAUCGCUAAAACUGCUGCUCAAAUCAACACAGAUAGCCAAAAUGUAAUGAAGAAAGCGUCUGGGUGCGGUCGUGAUCGAAAAUACUAUCAAGCAGCGGCUGAACAAUCAUCAGCAAGAAGAAUCCCUUGUGUACGCAGUGGUGCAGUUGCUGCAGGGAAAGUAGAUUAUUCUUGCUUAUCGGACUGUUGCCGUCAGACAGCCAAAAUCGCGUCGAGAUUCCCUGCUGCGCCCACCCGUGCAUGCGUGUCAAGGAAUUUUAGGAAGCAACAACAAAUCAACUGUCAAUAGAGUACCGAAAGCAAUAAGGAGCGGCAGAUUAUUGAACAAGCGCGCACCGUACUACCGGACCGCAGAGGGUUGCCAGCGAACCCAUCUGCUCCAGCAGUGUGUAUUCGAACCCCCAAGCUGGAACAACAAAGAAAUUGAAAAGUAUUUGCCAAAAACGAACAUCCGGCUAAGGCGUGAUCUCAUUUUGCGUGCAGUGGUAGUGUUCAGAAUCGGCGACUACACGUACGCGGAUAGAAGAAAAAAAUCGUUCGCAGUCACCACUGAAACCACAAACGCCCGUAAACUGUUUGUGUUUAGUGACUAAAGUGUACAUAUGCGUGUGUGAGCGUUUAUGUUGUAGAUCACAGAGUGUGCAGUCAUAGCAACGGGGACAGCCGGAAAAGCGGUAAACCAAAGCAACGAGAAGCGCGCGCGCGCGUCUGCAUUAAUUACUGAACCCAGCGACACGAUAGGCCCAGAGCAGCCAACGAAAACGAAACCAGAACAAUAUAUACUCAUCCGCAAGAGAACAGCCAGCACAAUCGCGUAUCGCACGGAAAGAAGAAUUAAAUCAUCUUUUAGAAGAUUAGUCAUACUUGGUGAAGCGGUCCCCGUCAUACGCAGGCCAUAGCAGCGUCUUGCAUGACGUUCUUACUGGUUCACUAUAAGACUUAUCAGUCUGUUCAAUGUGUCUGACCACCCUAGAACGACGGUGUACUGCUUUCGGUGGCUAGGAAGCAAUCGUAGCAGCAGUAGCAGCAGCGGAUAACAUUACUCGGUGCUAGGCAACCAUUUUUUUCUUGCGUGUCCCCCGUUGCGGCAAUGGAUAAUUUGCGCAAUGAAUCGAAAAUGUCGCGGCUUGCCGACUACUUCGUCAUCGUUGGAUAUGAUCAUGAGAAAGAGCGAACUGGAUCAAGAAGUGGAAAGAUUAUUCAAAGAUUUCCCGAGAAAGACUGGCCCGAUACGCCUUUCAUAGAAGGGAUAGAGCUGUUCUGUCAACCGCAGGGAUGGUCCCUUUCUACCAUCCGACAGGAACCACAGUUUUUCGUGUCGGUUCUUACCGACAUGGACGGCAACCGGCAUUACUGUGCCUGUCUGUGCUUCAACGAAACCAUCGCCAUCACACCGAGCAAACCGAUCGACGAAGAGGAAGAGGACGACACUUUAUCACCCGCUGGUGGUGGAACGGGUGGCAGUGUGCUGGCAAACAGUGGACCUCCUUCGAUCACACACCACAGCAUUAUGUAUGCACCGAAAUGUCUCGUGAUCGUGUCACGAUUGGAGUACAUUGAAGCGUUCCGCAAUUGUCUCGGCACGAUCUAUACCGUGUACCUGGAGAGUCUGAAAUUUCAGCUGCACUAUUUGAUCGGUAGCAUCCUUGGCUGUAUACAGGUUCCACCACCCGGUGGACCACCGGUACGUUUUUCGAUCGGUGCCAGCGAUAAACAGAUCCUACAGCCACCACUUUCGAACACGCUGCCCGUGACCGGUUCGUGCGUCAGUUUGCUAUUUCAUCAGCUGGGUAUUAAGAAUGUAAUGUUGCUGUUUUGUGCCGUUAUGACCGAGCACAAGAUCCUGUUUCAUUCGACCAGCUACACAAGGCUGACGGACAGCUGCCGGGCAUUGACAGCGCUGAUGUACCCUUUCCGGUACAGUCUUGUUUACAUUCCGAUACUGCCCGCAUCCCUGCUGGAAGUACUUACCAUGCCGACGACGUUUAUCAUGGGCAUCCACAGUUCACUUCGAUCGGAGAUAAGCGAAAUAUUGGACGUGAUCGUAGCCGAUCUGGAUGGUGGAUCAAUACACAUUCCCGAGUCACUCGUACCGCCAAUCGCUCGGUUACCGGCAUCACUUUGGGACUCGACCGAAUAUGCCCUGCGGAUGGUACUGCAUCCGGAGCUGGCAUUGGCUGAUCUCGCAUUUCCGUCCGGUAGCAAUACUCACGGUCCUGGGCUUAACAACAACAUCAACCAGAGUAUGGCUCUGGCCCCAGUUAGCGGUACAAAUGGGUACAGUUUUCGCGAACAGAAGAACGACGUCAUGCUGGAUAAGGAAAUAAGAGCUGUUUUCAUGAGACUUUUCGCCCAACUCCUGCAAGGCUAUCGAUCCUACCUCACACUGAUACGAAUUAACCCGAAACCCAUCAUACAGUUUCAUCGUGCCGGCUUUCUCGGGGCGCGUGAAUUAGUUGACUGUGAGUUUUUGUCCCGUGUGCUGGACAGUAUGUUCUUUACCGGGUUUGUGACGGAGCGUGGACCACCGUGGCGUGCGUGUGACGCAUGGGACGAACUGUACAGCACCAUGAACGAUCUACUAAAGUCGGAAUCGCUAGACUCAACGCUCGUGCUGGUUCAUAUACAGGAUUUGGCGAAGCAGCUGUACACCAACGAGCAUCCGAAUCUGCAACCGUUUCAGCAGAAAAUUUUGCGCCCACCGGAUGGUGCUUUUGCUAGAAUCCAUCAACCUCCGAUGCCGCUGAUUGACGGCCAGGAGGUGCAAAAUGUCAUCAACGAUGGGCUGCAGGCGAACGAUUUGCAGUCACGUAUGCAGCCGGUUCGUGUAAAACUGCGUAUCGUACCGAUGGGACCGUAUCUGAAACCGGCUCCACAAGAAUCCCGGCCCAUCGUGAAUAACAGUGCACGCAAGCUGGAAGUGCUGCGCAACUGUAUCAGUUGCAUCUUCGACAACAAGAUUACGGAGGCACGCAAAAGCUUCCCGGCGGUGCUGCGUAUACUAAAGCAGCGCGAAGCCCGGCUUACUAUGUGCCGCGAGCUGGCAAAGAUUGGACAGGGCAACAAGCAGCUCGAUCACCAGCAGUUUGAUCUCGUGAUCAAGCUGAUGAACCGUGCACUGCAAGACGAUUCGGCGAAGGACGAGUACGGUGUGGCUGCCGCAUUGCUCCCACUGUCGUCGUUGUUUUGUCGUAAGCUGUGUACGGGUGUGAUUCAGUUUGCGUACACCUGCAUUCAAGAUCACCCGGUGUGGAAGUCUCAACAAUUUUGGGAGGAUGCGUACUAUCAGGAAGUUCAGACGGCGAUCAAAGAACUGUAUCUACCGCUUGCCAACUGGCCAAAGCCGAGCGGUGUCGGUGGAAGUACGGUUGGAUUUGCGGACAGCAGCGCUCUGCUUUCACAAUCGAUAACGCGCGAUAAACUAGACCGUGCUUCAAUGCUUUCCCGCGCUCAAGAACCGUCGGCGUUGGAGAUAGCAGCCGAUCAGAUGGGGAAGUGGGCUACGAUGGAUUCGGUCACGCAGAAAGAACUUACGAACAAAGAGGAAAGCACGCUGUACAGCCAUGCCAUUCACUACGCUUACCGGAUGGUUUACCUAUUGAUUCCACAAGACGUCGGUGGUGCCGUGGGUCGAGUGCAACGUGACAAAGAUGGUCGCCAUCUGGAGGAUGAUACUAGCGUGUCUAACAGCGUGAUCGAAUCGCGCAGCCACAACAGCGACCACAACAGUGACGAAGGCUUCGAGGAGCACGAUCCGGGUGAGACGGGCAGUGCGGUUACGAAGAUGGUGUGCAAGUUCAUCGAUCGCGUUUGCACCGAGGGUAACGUGACCGCGGAGCACGUGCGCAAUCUACACCAGAUGGUACCGGGUACGAUACAGAUGCACAUCGAGACGCUCGAGGCGGUGGCGCGCGAAGCGAAGCGUAUACCACCGAUCCAGAAACCGAAGCUACAGUAUCCGGUCUUGCUGCAGGAUGAAAAGAUCAUUGGCGAGCUGCGGGCAUAUUUGUUGGCGGACGGGCGUGAGGAUAAGGAUGGUGGCAGCAGUGGAACGAUGCUUCCCGCGGAAGGUGCACUAUUUCUUACCAACUACCGUGUGGUGUUUCGAGGAUCGCCUUGCGAUUCGUAUUCCUGUGAGCAGAGCGUAGUCCGUGCGUUUCCCAUUUCAUCGCUCACAAAAGAGAAACGUCUGACAGUGAUAUACCUGCAGCAUCUCGAGCAGGUGCUGCCGGAAGGAAUGCAGUUACGAUCCUGUACCUUCCAGCUGAUAAAAGUCGCAUUUGAUGAGGAAGUACCGCAGGAACAGGUGGACGCAUUUCGGAAAGCCGUACACAAGAUACGCCACCCGGAAGACGAGUUUGGACAUUUUGCAUUUGCCACGCACGGCCUGGCCCACCCGGCCCUCUUGCCGGGCCACAAAGUAAAGGAAAAGAAUGCCACACUGAAGGACUUUGCGAAGAAAACGCUAUUGCGUACGGCAAAGAAGGCAGGCUUCAAGCAAAAGACGGGCGCCACGAAGCGGAAAUAUAUACUGCCGGGUGCGGUCGAGUAUGACGAUGCAUACGGAAGCGGUGGAUUACUUGGUAUGGGUGGAUCUGGUGGAGGUAACAGCUCUGGCGGAGGAGGGGGUGGUGGAAUGAAUGAGAACAAUAACAACAAUGACGAUGAUGACGUGUCCGACGAAGGUACGGAUACGCUGCCACGUGUACACGUAAAGGAUGUGGAGCGGUUGAAAGAGCGAAGUUACGUUCGUGACUGGUUGCGGCUAGGGUUGGGCGAUGUACAGACGACGGGCUAUCGAAUUUCACCCGUAAACAGCAACUACAGCAUCUGCCGAACGUACCCGGCGAUGAUUGUUUGCCCGAAGGAGGUGUCGGACGAUUCGCUUCGAUGUAUGGCACGAUGCUACAAACAGCAUCGUAUACCGGUGGCAACAUGGCGGCAUCGUAACGGUGCCACACUAUUGCGUGGUGCCGUACCUCAAGCGAAGGGCGUCAUGGGAAUGCUGAAAGGACAUCCGGGAUCAGCAAACACGUCCACUGACAGUACGAGCUUCCAGGAGCAGGAUCGGUACUUCGUGCAGGUGAUCAAAAUGACCCCACAUACACGCACGAUUCGGCAUCAGGCAUGGGGCGGACUGUCCGAUUCGAAUAUCUCGCUCGAUUCGCUUGCUCUGACUGCGAGCAAUCUGAUGACGCGCUCAGACAUCUCUACCCUAACGCCGGACGUUGGGCGUAAACAACAACAUCAUGCGCACCACGACGGUGGAAACGGUGGCGGUGGCCAUAAUUCUAGUGGCGAUAAAGGUCUUUAUUCCAUCAAUAAUUCUUCAUUCUCAAGUUUCGGCGCGAUGCGAUCGAAUAUGGUGAAAUCGAACAAAUGGACUUCAUUGAAACCGAACCGCAACUCGUCGGCAGCCGUAGGAGCUGGUCCGGAUUCCACAAGCUUGCGGGAUGUGAAUCAUUGGGAACGCGAUGGCCCUAGCGGACAUCAUCAUCACCAUCUUCAUCACGGUGGUGUUGGCGGUCCGGGACAAGGAGGACAUCAGGCACAUUACGCAUUCCAGCGCGUACCACUAUACUUUCUGGGCGAGAAGUCCCAAUCCAAAUCGGCGAAAUUAUCGGAAAUGUAUGCAGAAUUCAUACCGGUCGAUUACACGGAUGUGCGACACUCUCGAACCGCGUUCAAGAAACUAAUGCGAGCCUGUCUGCCCUCAUGUGAUACAAACGAGCCGGAUCAAACGUUCGCGAAGCUAGUGGAACAGUCGGACUGGUUGCAGCAAAUUCGUGGUCUGCUACAAUUGUCCGGCGCCGUAGUGGAUCUGAUGGAUUUACAGGAAUCAAGCGUAACGCUAGCGCUCGAAGACGGUUGGGACGUAUCGGCCCAAAUUUCAUCCUUAGCGCAGCUGUGCCUCGAUCCGUACUAUCGCACGAUUGAGGGCUUCCGAGUGUUGAUCGAGAAGGAGUGGCUUGCGUUCGGUCAUAGGUUUGGUCACCGGAGCAAUCUGAAACCGAACUCAAGCUCCGGUUCACCAUUUGCACCAACGUUUCUACAGUUCUUAGAUGCGGUGCAUCAGAUACAGCUGCAAUUUCCGCUUGCAUUCGAGUUCAAUGAGUUCUACUUAAGGUUUCUGGCGUAUCAUCAUGUGUCUUGCCGUUUUCGUACCUUCCUGUUCGAUUGCGAGCUGGAGAGGGUUGAUUUCGGCAUAACGGCGAUUGACGAUAAGCGCGGCUCACUGAACUCGCACCACAAACACGUGGUAGAAGCGCUCACGAUUUCCGAUGAUGAUAAUCUCAUCUAUCACGGUAUGGGAGGAGGAAGUGGUGGUAAUGGUGUUCCGGGUGGUGUGGGAAGUAGUGGCGGUCCCGUGGGAUCUUCGUCAAACAGUGGUGGAGUAAUUGGUGGCGGUAGAAACACAAAUACGCAAAAGUUUGGCCCUUCGCUGUUUGAUUAUAUUGAGCGACAGCACGCAAAAUCCCCAAUGUUUUACAACUUCAUGUACACGCCCGAUCCGGAACGAACAGUAUUGCGACCGCAGAGUUCGAUUUCGGUGUUGGAGAUUUGGUCGUACUAUCUGGGCGAGGAACUCGCCCAAGGACCACCGUACGAUCCCGAGCUAGUCGGUAGUGAUAAUAUGGAGGACGACUGUGAUUACAUGUAUUCGACCACCACCGGUGGCAAUGGUGGUGCGGGCAAUGCGGGAAGUCUGGGAAGUACCGGUGGCCCAUCAGGUGCGCUAAUGCUACGACAGCCAAGGCGACGUGUGGUGACCGUGAAUUAUGAUAGCUUAAGCCGUUACGAAGCGGACGCAUUCACCAAGCUGCUGGAUGAGCUGAAAACGGCCGAAGCUGAGCGUGGUUUGUUACCGCAAAAGUGGCGCCAGGUGUGGGAUAAAUUAGAGCCACCGCAAUCAGAUUCACUGACGCGGCAUGCGUCGUUUAGCAGUGCUUUGGUGCGCUCGCAUGGUCGACUGUUGCACAAAAGAUCAACGUUGGAAAUUCUAAUGCGCGGUCGACAGGCUGGAUUUCAUCAGGAGAACUUCUUGCAUCCACAUCGCUUCGAAAAGCACGUCUAUUCGGCACCGGUCAAUUGCAAUCACUGUGGUAACGUUCUCUGGGGUCCUCUGCUGAAUGGUUUAAGAUGCGUUGAUUGCGGAAACACCUAUCACGAGAAGUGUGCGGAAUCGGUUCCGAAGAAUUGUACCAAAUAUAAGGCGGUGGAAGGUGGCAAUCAACCGACGCUGGCUCGAACGCAGGGUGACAAUAAUAGUGUUACGUCUAGCGUGAACACGACAAAUACCAAUAGUCAGCAUUAUUACGAACAGUAUGACAGCAAGGUGGCAGACGAUCGGACCCACGAAGGCUACCUCUAUAAACGCGGCGCAAUCUUAAAGAACUGGAAGCAACGGUGGUUCGUGUUGGAUUCGCACAAACAUCAGCUGCGAUAUUACGACACGAUGGAUGAUUGUAGCUGCAAAGGUUACAUAGAACUGGCUGAAGUGCAAUCGGUCGCGCAGGCACCUCCGCAAACUGCACCAGCCCCUUCGAAAAAGGUUGAUGAUCGAGCAUUUUUCGAUCUCAAAACUAGCCGACGUACGUACAAUUUCUACGCCCAGGAAGCAUCCAGUGCGCAGGAGUGGAUCGAGAAAAUUCAGGCUUGUCUGCAGUAGAAAACUCUACCUCUUUUCAGGCUUAUUCUGAUACUUUACGUGGAAGAUUGUGCUGUCUUUGCUCUAGUUAAUCAAAAUGAUUCUCCCUGACAGAUGAUGUAGGCUGUAAGCAUUGAGCAAUUAUUUGUGUCUUUACAACUGUAUUUAUUAUUGACUAUCCUAGAUGUUUUUCACGUUGUUGCGAUUAUUUGCCUGCAAGGUUCUGGUCCGUUCAAUAACGCGUGCUCUCUUUUCUUAGCCCCCCUAAGCCCGCCUUCAUAGUACGCGGCAUCAAUUCCAAACGUGACGUAAGCUUUGGAUACCUUGAUAUUGUAUCAAGGGUCAUGGAUAUUAUAAUGCUCAAUAAAAAACGGAAAUGCACGCCUUGUGCACCGUUCGGUAGAUAGACUCAUAUAGCGCGUUGGUUUGUAGAAAGGGAAAAGAUAUAUUUUAGUUCUCGAGCUCGAUUUUUUCCCCCAAUUUUUGCGGAUGCUAUAACAUAUGGGCGUCAGUUAAAAUGUCCUGGUAAACAGCUAAUUUAUUUAGCUCGUCAGGCUCGUUCCUGCGCCUACGAAGUGAUGCGGGUUAUCUCAUUCUUUUAUUGUUAUGUUUAGCUAAGGUUGUUUAUUUUUUGUUUGUUUGUUGGGUUCCAUUUAUGUUGCAGGAGAUGGAUGUUUUAAACUAAGAUUGAAAAGUCUUUCGAAUCGAAUCGAGACAUCGCUAUAGUUUGUUUCACUUUGCACCAAAGUGAAGACAAGGCUCCGCUUGUAUCACAACGCUCAAUGAAAAGCAUUUUAGAGGGGUACAUGCAACUAGUUUCUAUCGUUUAUUCAGUCUAUACUAGGUUCGAUACAAGCGAAACUGGAAUCACAAAGUAAUGUUUUCGAUUAUUUAAAUGUGAUAUGUGAUGUAACAGUAGUUCUCAUGGUAAUAUAAACACUAGCAAUAGCGUUUCCACUACGAAGCGGAAACAGAAACCACACCAAUAAUCGAAUAGAAACAAAAUAGAGAUAUCAUUGUCAGGUAAAGCGUAAAGCUUGCAAUUUGGGCUUGGGAUAAUUCGAACAAAAAGCAAGAAAGAGAAACACAACAUGCGUAUCGCUUUUCCUUCUGAAGUGUACAUGGGUUUGAAUUGUUACAGUUACAUGUAUAGUGUUUAAACAAAAAAAAAGCUCAUUAAAGCUAGGUUAAAUCAAAUAUUUUGUAUACUGUGUACCAGUGGUGUACGCAGCUCUCUUGGAGAGCCAAACAAAUGGCUCCCUGUCCCUGUUCGUUGCAUACUAUCGUUAAACGCGCCAACCCUCACAACGGUUCAUGCAGUGCCAUGCAUCGAUAUUAGUGUGUAAUGAAAAGGUGGGAUAUAUUCGUAUGACCUCUACUCUAAGAUUAAGAACCAAGAACUGCCAGUGAUCGGUGAAGUUUCGUUUAGUGAUCCCACCACGAUUUCCUUCAAUUAGUCCGCGUGGUGAUUGGAACAAAAUGCCUACCAGAUCAGAGCACUUCCAAAGACACGAAAUAUUAGAGAAUGCUAUUGAGCAAACAAAGGAGGAAAAAGGUAACUUCAUAUUAUUUUUUUUUUCGUAAACAGUUGCUGCUUAAAUGUUGGUAUAUUAUGAUCUGAAACACAAAAACUAAAUGAUACGGCAAAUGAUGAGGGCAUGAUGAGCUUUUGCUAAUAAGAAUGAGUUGUUAUCUUAGCUUAUCUUCAACUUAAUCAAGCAGAGUUUGUUUUGCAUUCGAAACUCAGGCCGUGUCAUUUUACGUUGAUCAUUGUAAGCCACUCUGAAGCGUAUUAAAUUAUUAUCCGUUCGAGCAUAAUCAACAAAGAUACCGAUUCAUAUCAGUUGACAGGUAAAGCUUGCUGUUUGAAGGUUGAUAUCUAGCUACAGCAUGUCGGACCUACCCACCAAAACUUUUACUUAAAACUUACAACUUAGCCGUAACAAAAGCCGAAUUUGCAAUAUUCAGUUUUCCAGCAAGUGUACCAAGCCACACAAAAAAAGCAAUUGUAAAUAGCACGAUCCAUAAAGCAUACGCUAUGUUUGCAAAACAGUUAUAACAUAACCAACGGAGGAGAAGGAAAUUAGGAUUGCGUUUAUAAUUAAUUGGCGAGCAUCCAUUGAGCGCACGGCGUGUGCACAAAUGCACCCUAAAUGAAUAAUAGUAAAGAUGCGCACGACCGGGCAAAACCCUAAAAAUUUGCUACAAAGCGAAGGUGCAUUCAUUGAAAUGGUUGGCCUGUUAGAAACGUGUAUCAUGCGUAUAAAUAAAUGUAUGUUGUAUAAAAAAAAA